AUGAAGGAGUUCAAUAUGAUUGAUCUCGGGCUACUCUCGUACUAUAUUGGAAUCGAGGUGGACCAGAAGAAAGAUAGAAUCAAGGUGAAGCAGAUAUUUUAUACAAAGAAGGUGUUAAAACAGUUUGCAAUUGUAGAUUGCAACUCAAGCAAAUAUCAGAUGGAAGAAAAUUUUCAACUAAAAAAGGAUGUGGAAGGAAUCUUAGUGGAUCUGAAGGAGUAUAGGUGUAUCAUUGGGUGUCUCAGGUACUUGACGCACACUCGACCCGAUAUCACUUAUGUAGUUGACAAAGUGAGUCGAUACAUGGAGAAGCCUACCACUCUACACCAACAGGAAGUAACACACAUUUUUUGUUACGUGAAGGGAUCUAUGAGCUAUGGGAUUCAAUUAAGAAAAGGAGAAGAAGUUGAAGAGCUCGUUAGUUUUAAUGAUAUUGACUUAGAUGGUGACACAAACGACAAAAAAAGCACUAUAGGGAUGAUGUUUUAUCUUAACGGGAAUCUGACCACCUAG